AUGAUGAAGAUGAACCGUGUGAUUUGUGUGUUGGCCGUUCUGCUGUGCAUCGCCUGCGGGUAUGCCAUGGCGGCGACCACUACUACUGCUGGACAGACAAAGGCGGUGGUGGCUUCUAGUGCUGGUGAGGUUAAAAAAACUGCAGUUCAAGGGAGAGAUGAGUCUGGAGUACUGCCAGAGGAGGACGGUGAGCUGGGUUCAGGACAAGAACAACUUCCAGGACCAGAUGAUGAAAAAGAGCCAGAAGAGGAUGAAGAUGAAGGACAAGAAGAUGGUGGUGCAGUUGGUCCUGGCACUGGAGGUUCACCUGACCCAAAUCCUAAACCAAAUCCAGAUGAAGAUGAAAAUGGGGAUGGUGUAACUGAGCCUAGUCCUGAACCUGAUCAACCUGGGCAACCUGAAGGUGAUAACAAUGGUAACGGAGAUCAGCAACCACCUGCGGGAGAAGAUGAACAAAAACCCAGCGAGAAACCAUCAACACAAGAACCCACUUCCACUAAUGCACCAAGCAACGAGCAGAAGCCGGGCGAUGCUGACAGCAGUUUCAGCCCUGUGUGGAUGCGCACUGCCGCACCUCUGCUGAUUGUGGCUGCGUUGGUAUUGUAA